AUCCAAGCCAACAUUUGCAGUUGGAAGUUCACGUAGUAGUGUAUCACGGUCAGCGAGGCACCUUCAAAUGGAACUGACAUUUUUGAUUGGGCACGACGGUGCAAAUAUAAAACGGGAACAUUCACGUCGAGCGUGUACCCCAUGUCGCCAGAAAAAGAAGCGAUGUUUCCACAAUAGAUCGAAUACUCUGAAACGGCCUAUUCAAGCAGAUGAAUUUCGUCUACGUCGGGCGGGAGCUUACACACAGGAUGGAUCAGAUACGUCGUUGCGGCAUGUGUCCGUCUCAGAGUCUCCUACUCACGAAAGACCGAAUACUUCGUCACCUCGAGGGAUCGCAGAACAGCAGCCUUCUUGUCAACCCACCUCAAGUGUACUGAAUACCGAUGAACCGAAACCAGAUUCUCAUCACUUUUCCUGUGACUCUAAUCCCAUCGUGACAUUGAUAGACAGCCCGGAGACAAGACUCCAGAAUGGCCACUCUCAAAGAGGGGAUGUUGGGGCAUGGCUGUAUGACAAGCGCACCACCGCUCCAGUAAAUAAAACCAAAUAUUUUCCCACCCUUGCAGGAUUUUAUCCAUACCAGUCAACAGGUGAAGGUAGCCUUUUGCCGUCAAAGCAAAGUCAAGAAGUAUUGAUUGACAUUUAUUUUCGUCGGAUACAUCCUGUAUUACCACUGCUCGACGAGGAUGAAACGCGGUCUCAGUUCACGAACGGCACCAUUUCUCUACCCCUUCUCCAAUCUAUCUGUCUAACUUCCUCAAAAGACCUGAGCGCAGUAUCUCUUCUAAAUGUCGGCUCUGAUACAGCAGUACUACCGCUUGAAAAAUUCUGCGAACUAAUCUACAAUGACAUUAUGAAAAACAUGCUUAGGGGUGAGGAGAAGAAAAAAACUGUUAUAAUACAGAUUUUAACGCUUCUGUCACUUCAUGAGUGGGGCCCUGAUGGCUCCGAAUACUGCUCUUUAAGCUUGAGCCAAGCCAUCCACCACGCGCAGACUCUCGGUUUGCAUUUACUAAAGGCUCAUGAUCCAUCAAAGUUUUCUUUGAGAGCUUUAUUCUGGUGCUUAUGGAGUCUUGAUAAAUGGAAUGCCGCCAUCAAUGGAAGACCGGUCAUGAUUCACGACUGUGAUAUGGGCCAAGAUGUUGCCGACGUUAUUCCAUUAUUUGAACCACCUUUUCGCAUCUGGCUUCGUCUCGCGGAUCAACUUGGGGAAGUAAUCAGGUUCUAUCGACCAAUGAAGAAUAAAAUAUUUGAACAGGAUCUCGAAAUUCCCACCUUUGAGGAAAUUGUCGGAAGCUCUGACGCGUGGGAUACAAAUAUUGAACAUCUCAAUUCUCUUGAGCUUUUCUAUCACGCAAUUGUUGUCCUCUUUACCCAUUCAAAAGGCUUACAAGGCCGUUCUCAUUCUCGAAUAUCAAAGAUUCGUCAAAGCCAAUCGAUUAUGAUGAUUAAUACCCUCGUCCGAAAUAACCGGAUGGAGGAUCUGUUGCCGAUACCUAUGUCUGCAUAUACACUGUCACUCGCCUUUUCGAUAACUUAUAUUCAGUUUAAAGAAAGCAAAUUGUCGAGUUCUCGAGUUCUGGCAACAGAAAAUCUCGAGCUAUUCUAUAAGCACCUGAAAUCAUUAAGCGAUACAUGGUGGUUAGCGAGUGUGAUGAUGCGCCUGGGCAAGCGUGCUUUGGACUUUAUUCGCCGGCGGAUAGUACAGGAAGAGCCCCAUGGUUUCCAAACAGAUGCAGCACAGUUGAAUAUAGAGACUUGCAUCAGAUUUCCGUCUCUUAACGGAGUGUCCUCUGCUCCUUGCACUAGGUCGCAAGAUACCGCUAGCAGCCUUCAAAGGCAGGGUAAUGCUGAGGACAACAUUAAAUCGCCUGAAAACAGUCUCUUCGGGUCAGCUAUUUUAUCCGAGUUUUCCAGGACCUUGGAAAAUUCCACUACGUCAUCCUCGGAUGAGGGAUACUUUGAUACAUUUUUUGAAAACUUUGCAGAUGUCAACUUCCCCAGUGCUUCAUGCGAUCAGUCAUUUUGGUACCCUGAGUUGGCAGUUUGAGAUUUACGUAGGUUAAAUAUGUACCUAUUAAUGGAAGAACGCUACUAGCUCAUCCAAGUAUUUGGUAUAUACAGGAGGCGAGGUUAUACCAAUAUCAACUAAUAGGUUGAUACAACACAUGUCUAGCUAAAAGUCGACCUCAAUGUGCUAGAAUAUUGUAAAAUUCUACAUAUCAAUAUGUCUUGGUCAUAC